AUGCUGGAACACCUGAGCUCGCUGCCCACACAGAUGGACUACAAAGGGCAGAAGCUAGCUGAACAGAUGUUUCAAGGGAUUAUUCUUUGUUCUGCAGUAGAUGGAUUUAUCUAUGGUUAUGUGGCCGAACAGUUUGGGUGGACCGUCUACAUAGUGAUGGCUGGAUUUGCGUUCUUGUGUUUGCUGACCCUUCCUCCGUGGCCCAUCUAUCGCAGACAUCCCCUGAAGUGGUUACCUGUUCAAGACUCAGCCAUAGAAGAUAAGAAACUGGUGGACAGGAAAGUUAAGAGUCAUGCUAAAAAUAAUUGAUUGGGGCUUUCAUGAUUCAGCACCUGCUUUUGUUUCCUGUGAGAUGAGUAAAAUGCUUUAAUAACCAAAACAUAACCUAAA